AUGCCGACGAAAGUAGGGGGCGGCGGUGUCGAAUGGGGCCCGGCGACUCCGCCGCCACGGAGGCCCGCGCACGCACGAGAGGCGAAUGACGUGUGCGUCGCUCUCCGGCGCGAGGGGUGGGAGCUCGGCUCGAACUCGGUGGCCAGUAGUGGGAGCGGGGGCGGGGACAGCGACGGGGGCGGAAAGGGCACCGCCGUAGAGGACCGUGUCCGGCACAUCUUGUCGCAGUGGGAGGAGAGAGAGACGCGGGCGAUAGUAAACUGGGGAAACGCGGGUGUGAAGUCGGAAGCAUACUUGCGGAUCAGGCGAUUGCAGGCGAUUGAGCAGAAGCAGCAGGAGGAGAUGCGGCAGCGGUGCAAGAAGCUGAAGCGAGCGCAACAAGAGCAGCAGCGGCAAAGAGAAGAACGCGUCCAAAUGGCUUCCAAUGCGCGGGCGCGGCGGCAGGGCAUCGAGGCGGCCAGCGAGAAGAAUAUUACCCACCGAAAGGCCUCAUUGCCACAGAAACCAAGAUCACUGCUUUGA